AAAAAAGAAAAUAAUUCAGCGGAUUCAGCCAACAAGAAUUCAGCCUUAGGCCACUAAAAGAACAACUGAAACACAAACAAUUUCGAGAUUUCGAGUUUUUUUAGACAUCAAAUUUUCCAAAAUUAAUUUUUGAUUUUCAGAAAAAGAUAAUUUUUUGGCGAAAUGGUUCUUUGCAAUUCAUCGGUGAUAGAAAAUACGUGCAAAUUUCUAAAUGCUAGCAACGUUGGCAAUUUGUCAAGCUCGGCAGAGCAGACUACCUUGAAGUCGAAGGACGGAAGCGUCUUGAAAGGUUUUGCCACGAUACUGGAAUCAAUCAUCAGAAGCCAGAGACCAAAUGAGUUUACCCCUUGUGGUGCUGAAGAGAUGGCCCAACUUCGACAGUGGCUUGAAUUUUGCAUUUGCGUGGUUAAUUAUGCUGAUAAGCAAGCAGCAUCCCUCAAGGAAUUGAAUGACCAUCUUUCGACUGUAAAUUACUUAGUGGGAAACCAGAUCUCAGUAGCCGAUGCAAUUCUUUACUUCAUUGUCCAUCCAAUUUUGACAAAAUCAACCAUGCACGAAAAGGAGCAACUCUGCCACAUCUCCAGGUGGUUUUCUACUGUUCAGCAACAUCCAAAAAUUCGUUCUUCAGAUGAAUACAAACUUAUUUCGUUCAGCCGGAACAUUUUGUACGGAAACGUAUCUAAACAUUGAUUGCAUUCUCAUUAAAAGUCAAUUUUUUAAUACGA